AUGGAGCAGAUGCUGAAGAAACAUUUAUUGACACCCAGUGGCUGCAGGCCCACCCACAUAAGCUGAUGUCUAAUGGAAGCUAUGCCCCAGACGUCUAUCAUCUGCUCCAGCGUACUUGGGCCCAGCUGUAGUGGACAGGUGCAGCCUGGCAUGGGGGAGCGAGGAGGCGGGGCCAGUGGCUCCGGGGACCUCAUCUUCCAGGAUGGACGCCUCAUCUCUGGGUCCCUGGAGGCAUUGAUGGAGCACCUGGUCCCCACAGUGGACUAUUACCCUGAUAGAACGUACAUCUUUACGUUUCUCUUGAGCUCCCGGGUCUUCAUGCCCCCUCAUGACCUGCUGGCCCGUGUGGGGCAGAUCUACCUGGAGCAGAGGCAGCAGCUGGAGGCCGGGUCCGAGAAGGCCAUGCUGAAGUCCUUCUCAGCCAAGGUUGUGCAGCUGCUAAAGGAGUGGACAGAGGCCUUCCCCUGUGACUUCCAGGAUGAGAAGGCCAUGGCGGAGCUGAAGGCCAUCACCCACCGGAUCAUGCAGUGUGAUGAGGAGAAUGGCACAGUGAAGAAGGCCAUUGCCCAGAUGACUCAGAGCCUGCUGCUGUCCCUGGCUGCCCGGAGCCAGCUUCAGGAGCUCCGGGAGAAGCUCCGCUCGCCAGCUGUGGACAAAGGGCCCAUCCUCAAGGCCAAGCCAGCGACCUCUCAGAAGGACAUCCUGGGUGUGUGCUGCGACCCCCUGGUGCUGGCCCAGCAGCUGACUCACAUUGAGCUGGAGAGGGUCAGCAGCAUCCACCCCCAGGACCUGAUGCAGAUCAUCAGCCACAUGGACUCUCGGGACAAGCACAGGUGCCGAGGGGACCCGACCAAGACCUACAGCCUGGAGGCCUAUGACAACUGGUUCAACUGCCUCAGCAUGCUGGUGGCCACCGAGGUGUGCCGGGUGGUAAAGAAGAAGCAACGGACCCGCGUGCUGGAGUUCUUCAUCGACGUGGCCCGGGAGUGCUUCAACAUCGGCAACUUCAACUCCAUGAUGGCCAUCAUCUCUGGCAUGAACCUCAGCCCUGUGGCUCGGCUGAAGAAGACAUGGUCCAAAGUGAAGACGGCCAAGUUCGAUGUCCUGGAGCACCACAUGGACCCAUCCAGCAACUUCUGCAACUACCGCACAGCCCUGCAGGGGGCCACGCAGAGGUCCCAGACAGCCAACAGCAGCCGAGAGAAGAUUGUGAUUCCCGUGUUCAACCUUUUCGUUAAGGACAUCUAUUUCCUGCACAAGAUCCACACCAACCACCUGCCCAAUGGGCACGUUAACUUCAAGAAAUUUUGGGAGAUCUCCAGACAGAUCCACGAGUUCAUGACAUGGACACAGGUAGAAUGUCCCUUUGAAAAGGACAAGAAGAUUCAGAGUUACCUGCUCACAGCGCCCAUCUACAGUGAGGAAGCCCUCUUCAUCGCCUCCUUCGAAAGCGAGGGUCCCGAGAACCACAUGGAGAAGGACAGCUGGAAGACCCUGAGGACCACUCUCCUUAACAGAGCCUGAAGGCGUGGACGCGGCCCGAAGGUGUGGAUUCCACCUGAAGGCGUGGAUGCGGCCUGAAGGCGUGGAUUCCACCUAAAGGCGUGGAUUCCACCUGAAGGCGUGGAUGCGGCCUGAAGGCGUGGAUGCGGCCUGAAGGCGUGGAUGCGGCCUGAAGACAUGGACUCGGCCCCAAGGCGUGGACUCGGCCCCAAGGCGUGGAUGCGGCCCGUGGACAGGGCCAUGGGAUGAAGCACACGCGUGAACCAAGCUUUAACCUUGAUGUGGGUGGAGAUGAGGUGGCCUCACUGGUUGGGGUCCUUUUUGUAUAUAACUUUUAUGGAAAAAAAAGGUAAUUAUUUCAUGCAUCAAAGCUUUUUGUUUAUUUUAAAUGACAGGGCAGCGCCCUGGUUCAGGGAGGGGUGGGAAAGAGUGUCAUGGGAGAUGGCGUCCAUGAUAGUAUCUCGGUCUAAUGAAACGUAGAUUUUUAUUUUCUACUUUUGAUUAUAUUCACACCUUAUGAAAAAAUAUUUAAAAGUAACACACCCAACCAAAACCAAUGUGAGCCCUGCCUGCUUGGACCCUUCCAGCCAUUGUCUCUGAUGUCAGGGCUGGUGCCUUAGAGGGUCCUGGAGGGCUGUCCCCGCUCUGCUCCGGCCGCUGUGGACUGCAGGCGCCUGCCCGCAAAGCCACCCCAGCUGCAGGUUCCAACAGGCCUUGGGAGGCCAGGAGGUCUGUCUGCACUCUCCUGGAAGCAAGCCUUCGAGCGUGGGAUUUCCAAAGUUUACAUUUCCUUUCCUUUAUCAGGGAUGUCUGGGGUCGGGAGGGGCAGGGGGACACCUGGCAGCAUAUUUUUCUGUUGGAACAUGUCUGGCAAAUCUUUCUUCAACUACAUUGUAGGAAAAAUAGAAAGUCUAAAAUAACGAAAGGUGGGGGAGUUGUGGAAUUGUCAGUUUUCCAGAUGUAACUGGAAGACACACUUAGCUGUAAUGAGGAGCAUACUAAACAGACUUGAGGAUGGGGACAUUUAAGCCAUUUUUGAAACCCAACCACAAAGUGGAAAGAAGCAACUCAUAAACCCGUAUUCCAGUGGACAGCCUCCGCCUGCCCUCUAGGUGGGGGCUCCCCUAGUGGGAUUCGAAACACGGAAAAUUAGCCCAGUAACUGCUGGAGCCCUCGCACAUACAGCUGCCCAACAUCUGGAGGUAGUUCCCACGCCCAGACGCAAGGAGCACACUCCAGUUCUGACUUCCUGGCUGUGGGAUGGUGACCUCGCUGCUCCCUCGAGUGGGCGGUGGGCCCUCCACGCGGACUCGAUCUUCCUCGCGGUCGGG